CCGGAAGUAAAUGAAGAGUAUUGGGGUUUUUGGUUUAAUAGUUUAUCAUAUCUAUACGAAGUAAAACAAUAACAACCAGCAGCCAUGGGUAAAAAAGGCAAGAAUGAAAAGAAAAUGAAGGGAGCGGAGAAGACGGCUGCCAAAAUGGAGAAAAAGGUUUCUAAAAGGUCCAAACGUGAAGAGGAAGAUUUGGAGGCUCUGAUUGCUGAAUUUCAGAGUUUAGAUGCAAAAAAGACUCAAGUUGUGGAGACGGCAUGCCCCCCUCCAUCACCAAGAUUAAAUGCAUCCCUCUCUGCUCAUCCAGAUAAAGAUGAACUCAUCCUUUUUGGUGGUGAAAUGUUCAAUGGAAAGAAGACAUACCUCUACAAUGAUCUGUUUUUCUACAAUAUUAAAAAGAACAGCUGGCUUAAGUCCGAGAUUCCCAACCCUCCGCCCCCGCGCUGCUCUCACCAGGCGGUUACAGUCUCCCAAGGAGGGGGUCAACUCUGGGUAUUCGGGGGAGAAUUUGCCUCUCCAAACGGGGAACAGUUUUACCACUACAAGGACCUCUGGGUGUUGCACCUGGCAACAAAUACCUGGGAGAACAUCAAAGCCCCCGGUGGUCCGUCAGGUCGCAGUGGGCACAGGAUGGCCCUCAGCAAGAGACAGCUGCUGGUGUUUGGAGGUUUCCAUGAGAGCACGAGGGAUUUUAUCUACUACAAUGACGUCUACUCGUUUUCACUGGACACCUUCUCUUGGUCACGCCUCUCUGUGUCAGGCACCGCCCCUUUACCACGCUCCGCCUGUCAGAUGACUUCCAUGCCUGAUGGCUCUGGUGUCAUCAUCUAUGGAGGAUACUCCAAAGUGAGACAGAAAAAGGACAUAGAGAAGGGAACCAUCCAUUCCGACAUGUUUCUCCUCAAGCAAGAGGGUAAAGAUGGCCAAGAAAAAUGGGCGUGGUCCCGGCUGAAUCCCUCUGGUAACAAGCCACCGCCCCGCUCUGGCUUCUCCAUGGCGGUGGGCCCAGCUGGGCGGUCGGUGUUGUUUGGUGGAGUCUGUGAUGACGAAGAGGAGGAGACGCUGGAGGGUGACUUUUACAACGAUGUCUACUUGUAUGACAUGGUGAAGAACCGCUGGUACCCUGGUCAGUGCAGGGGUAACAAACCAGAGAAGAAGAAACGUCGGCGAGGGAAGAAGGACGAAGCUGAUAUGGAAGCAGCAGAUAAGGUGACAGAAGAGGAGGGUCCUCAAGGACCCACUGAGGUCAUCAAGGAGAUAGUCACGGACGACGGCACAGUCAUGACCAUUAAGGAAGUCAUCCCUGGAGCUCAGGAGGAGGUGGAGGAAGAUGAGGAUGAAGACAAGGAGGAAGAGGAGGACGUUUCAGCAUCCGCCCUUGUGGAGCCCUGCCCACGGUCCAGCGCCAUGGCGGCGACACGUCAGGGCAAACUCUUCCUCUACGGCGGCAUGUUUGAGGUGGGCAACCGCCAGUUCACACUGAACGACCUCUACUGCCUGGACCUUCACAAGAUGGACCAAUGGGAAGUCUUGGUUGAGAUGGACCCAAAGACCCAAGAAUGGCUUGAAGAGUCUGAGUCAGAGGACGAUGACGACGAUGAUGAUGAGGAAGAGGAGGUGGAAGGAGGAGCAGAGGGAGGGGAAGAGGAGUCUGAAGAGGAAGAUGACCACCAGCACCCAGCAGUGAAGGACAAGGAGACGAUGACAGAGUACCAGACCCGUACAGAGCAAUACUGGAUCGGACUCGCACGCACCAACAUGGGCUCAGAUACCAAGGAUAAAAAGGUCGCCAAGGUCGCUUUAGCGAUGGCUAAAGUCUUCUAUGAAAAUGGCUUGGACGACGCUUGAGUGUGCUUUGCCAUAUAGUUAUGUUUUAUACAAAAUAUUAUCACCGCAAGGUAUGUUUUUUUAAAAUUUGUGUGUCCAUUCUUGCUGUUGAACGGAACAGAUGUCGGCUUCUUGAGUAUUGAGUUUUUUGUUCACAAUCACAGGAUUGCUUGCUGAUACCCUCAGGUUCAAUGCCGUCUGGCUUUAGGAACUGGAAAACAAUUCACGAUUGCUGCUAGCAAGCCAAAAUAACCACCCCUAACAGGCAAGAUUACCUAGAAUCAAGAUAUAUAUGUAUAUAAUGUACAAUAACGUUCCAGCUCGGAACCUGGAUGUUGCCAACCGUCACUUUCUUUCCCUUCUACCCAACCACUAGGUUGGUUCUAACUAGGUUCUAACAUUGCUGUUUUGCCAUGUUUUUGCAGUCUUCUCUUCCUAUCUGCGCCAAGGUUCCCCAACCAUGUUCUUGCAGCUUUUCUCUCACCUCCUCUCUAUUCUCUAUUCUCUGUCCCCUCGACUAUUUACUGUGUGGUGACAUUUCCAAGUAUUUAAUAAAAUACAACAUAAUGACAA